AUGCCCGACCUCAAGACAUACCUCGCUUCCAAGUACAUGUCCGGGCCCAAGGCGGACGCCAUCCUCCAGCACGCCGGCGUGGAGAAGAAGAAGCGGAAGAGGAAGAAUGAAGACUAUGUCGGCGGCUCAUCAAAGGCCAGCGGCAGCGGUCUCGUCUUGCAGGACGAGGACGAGCGUUGGGGCAAGAAGGACGCCGAUGAUAUGGAAGGCGAUGACACUCCAGUCAUUGGCAAAGACAUUGCGACGUUCAAGAAGGGCAAGUCGGCAUGGGCGACCGUCGGCGCCACUGCGCUCCCUCUUCCCGCAGGCGUCAAGGAGGAGCCACGCGACGCGGCCUCGGACGACGCCGGCCCGUCGACCACCACGGCCGGCGCCCAGGAGCAGCAGCCCAAGCAGCAGCUCACCAAGCGUCGCGGAGGCCUGCGCACGGCCAAGCAGCUCGCAGAGGAGGCGAAAGUGACGGCUGCCGAGCAGCGCUCGCCAUCGCCCGAACCAGGAGGGCCGGACCCGACGCAGACGGUGUACCGUGACCAGAGCGGAAAGGUGCUCGACGUCGAGGCGCUGCGCCAAGAGGCGCGCCGCGCCGAGGAGGAGGAGAAGCGGAAGGAGGCCGAGCGCAAGGAGUGGAGUAAAGGCCUGGCACAGAGGCAAGCCCGGGAGGAGCGUGUGAGAGAAGAAAAGGCCAUGGGCAACAAGGACGUCGCGAGGUACGCCGACGACGAGGCGAUGAACCGCGAGAUGAAGGAUGUCGAGAGGUGGAACGACCCCGCCGCCAACUUUGCGACAACCAAAAAGGGCAAGAAGAAAGGUCCCAAAAUCCCAGUGUACAAGGGCUCGUGGCCCGAGAACCGUUUUGGCCUCGCCCCGGGAUACCGCUGGGACGGCGUCGACCGUUCCAACGGAUUCGAAAAGAAGUGGCUGCAAGCCCAGAACACGUACGCGCGCACGGCGGUCGAGGCGAGCAAGUGGAGCAUGGAGGACAUGUAG